AUGGCCCCGGGCCGCCGACCCGCCGGAGCGAGGCCGCUGCUCGUGUGCGCGGGCCUCCUGGCCGCCUUCGCCGCCGCCGCGGGCCUCGGGCCCCCGCUGCCCGGAGCGCCCGCCCCCCAGGAGCCGCCGCCCGGGAACGAGCUGCCCGCGGGCCCCGACGACAGCCGCGUGCGGCGGGUAAGACGCCCCCCUGACCCCAUCACCCAACGGGCGCACGGCAUCGACCCCCGGGACACCUGGAUGCUUUUUGUCCGGCAGAGUGACAAGGGCAUCAACGGCAAGAGGAGGAGCAGGGGCAAGGCCAAGAGGCUGAAGCUUGGCUUGCCAGGGCCCCCUGGGCCCCCUGGACCACAAGGCCCCCCAGGCCCCAUCAUCCCGCCUGAGGUACUGCUGAAGGAGUUCCAGCUACUGCUGAAAGGGGCGGUGAGGCAGCGCGAGUGCGCGGAGCUGGAGGGCCCCGCGACCCCCGGCCCCGCCACCACGCCAGCCGAGGAACCAGAGGAGGAGGCAGCUGGAGUCCUGGCCCUGCUGACCGCUCCCCUGGGCCCAGGCCUGCCGCGCGUGGACGCUGCCUUCCACUGCCGCCUGCGCCGUGACGCACUGGUGGAGCGGCGUUCGCUGCACGAACUCGGCCUCUACCACGUGCCCAAUGCCGAGGGCGCUUUCCGCCGCGGGCCCGGCCUGAACCUGACCAGCGGCCAGUACACCGCACCCGUGGGCGGCUUCUACGCCUUCGCCGCCGCGCUGCACGUGGCGCUGGUGGAGCCACCCAGACGGGGGCCACAGCGCGCCCGGGACCGCCUGCGUCUGCUUGUCUGCAUCCAGUCCCGGUGCCAGCACAACGCCUCCCUGGAGGCCAUCAUGGGGUUGGAGAGCAGCAGUGACCUCUUCACCAUCGCAGUCAACGGUGUCCUGUAUCUGCAGUCCGGACAGUACGCCUCCAUCUUCCUGGACAACGCCAGCGGCUCCUCCGUCACAGUGCGUAGCGGGUCACGCUUCAGCGCAGUCCUCCUCGGUGUGUGAGCUGCCCCUGCAGGCCCUACCCUAUCAGACAGACGGAGCAAGGGUCGGAGCCACCUCCUGGACAGCGUUGGAGUGGCCAUGGCCACAGAGAGGAAGCCCACCUGAACUGCUGUCCCCACCAGCCACCCUGAGGUGACACGGAGCCAGGGCCCUACGUUCGGGAGCAUCUUAAAGGCAGAUGCUCUUUAGGCAGUUAUUUUAGAAGCUUCUGCCUGGUUCAGUGUGUCCAGAUGCCCUUUGUCCCGCUCCCCACCCCGCCCCCACGCCCUGGUGAUCCCCAGCUGCAGCCUGGCCCCUCUCCUGUCAAAUGGCCUCAGCACCUCUCCUGCGGCCCAGCCUCUUCCCAUCUUUCCUGGCAUUCCAGUGGAACGGAACACCUGCGUGGAGGGGAGGCUGCCGGGUGGGCGGCGAGUCUGGGUCUGGAGUCACUAGGGGCAUAUGCAGGUCCAGUCCUAAGGUUCUCACCUUACAGAAGGGCUACUCGCCCUGCAGACGGGCCUCAGCAAGUCCUCAGAAGGACAUGACCAGCUCCACACCCUCUGGAGGCUGAGGCCAUCCCUGUCCCCUUCUAAGGGAAGCUCUGACCCACUGCCAGGACUCCGUCCACCAGACGAGACCAGGAACAUCUCAGCAGACGGGGCGCGGCCCUGACCUGAACCAGAGAAGCAGAGACUCCCCCCACUCCCCCCGAGGCCAGCAGGGUCAGGCCCGCUCUGGAAUGCAGGACGGCUGUCCCACUUGGUGGAUGAGGGAAGGAUAAUGUGCUGGUCUCUACAAGUCGAGGCCCAAGUUCACUCGCUCUUGGAAGAGCAGUGGGCACUUGGGGGCUGGUCCCAGAAGGCAGAGGGGUCAACCUGCUGGGGUGUGGCCUUUGAGGUGCAAAACUGCCCCGGGGCAGGGAGUGAAGGGUGGGGAGGCCUCAGCACUCCUGUAGGGCCCUGACCAAGGGGAAGUGAACUUUCCUAAGGCCUUCCUGCCCCUCCUCCAACACUGGCUCUGAGGUGCGGGUUACCACAAGACCUUCUGGGACCAUGCUGGUGUGGCAAGGUGACCACAGAGAAGCGGCAGUGAGGUGACCAGGGACUGAGAGAGAAGGGGCGGUGGUCACAGUCACUUGAACUUUCUAGCUGGCCUCAGGGUGACCAGGUGUCCUUGGCCAGGUCCGAAAGACUCCCAGGAGCCCAAAGCGCCCAUCUCUAUACCCCAGAAUGCAGCAUCUCCCUCCAAACCAGGGGCCCCCACACAGAGCGGCACACACUCCAACCACCAAGCCCUCGGCGGCUUCCCAGUAGGACUGGCCCCCGCCCUACCAGGAAGCCCACUGGCCUGGGGCCUGCCCUCCCCUGGCCCCCGAUAAGGGUGGGUGGCCACACCCUUUCUGGAUUUCACUUUGUAUCCAGUAGGCACAGAUACUUUAGAGAAGUUAUCUUUUCCCCUUGAAAAACUCUACAUAUCUAUUUUAUUUCAACAUAAGUAUCUGUUACAUAGCAGUUGACCAAAUAUUUAUUGUGUAAUAUUGCCAGGUGGGAUGUAUUUAUGCAACCUGCUUUAUGGGGUAGCGCAGGCACUUGGCAGCGCCUACGCGAUCACUUACGGGAACAAGGGCAGAGAGACCUUAGAGCCUCAGUGAACCAGGGAAAACGUCUGAGGCAGAAAAGGGAAGAUCCCCGCCUCUUUUUGAAGCGUGAAGGGCCCCAAGCCCACCAGGGACCCUGAGAAGGGGUGGGAUGGAUGUGGCAGGUGGGGGGCCUCCCCCACUGUGGGACUGUGAGCUGAUGGGCUUCGGUGUGCACAGUGACACCUGUUUACUGUAGGAAGACACUGAAUAAACUGUCAGGUGCUCUGAUUCUGAGGUUCUUUUCUAUAGUGACGCCUACCUCCGAUGUCACAGUCCUCAAGCAGACGGGUGCUUGGCUCUCAGCACUUCCUGGGGUGCGCGCACCAACACCUCUUCAUCCCGUAUUUACAGCCUCCACGUGUAACCUGGGAGUUUGCUCUGAGGGACUUGUGGCACGGAGUUAAAUUCCCUAAGACACACGUACGACCAUGUGCGUGCAUGCGUGCUGGGCAGGGGUCGUGAACGUACAAAUUAGUGUCUUCCAACAUUUAGGAUCGUAGAGCAGCCUGUGCCAAAGGUUCCCACACAAAGACCUAAGAACUACUUUACUAAAAAAGAACUACGGUAGUAAUAAGGGUGCACUUUGAAGUACUUGGGAAGUACCUCCGAGUUUACUCCAGGGAGGCCGACCACGCACUCUUUUGUUCCUGCUAACAUCUUUCACACAAGGGCCCCCUUGAAGUGCUUGAUCGGCCUCAGCUUGGCACAGCCAACGGGGCACAUGUUCCUGAGGGGGGAGCUGAAUCACAGAGGCUGUGCUGAGAAGUCCCUCGCCCGCUCCAACAUUUCACAGCCCAGGGAUCCAGCUUUGUGAUAGCCUCCUGGACCCCGUUCUCCGGGCCUCUCCCCAGCUCACACCCAUUAGCCAUGGACUUAGAAGUACUCCCGUGCUGUUUCUGAGAAGCUGACGGGCACACUACUCCACACAAGUGACUCAGUACACCACCUCAGUCUCCUCCUCUGGACAGGACUGGGCUCACACCACGGAACUUUCUGGAACCUGACUUUCUUCUAGAAAACUGGGAGAAGCCACAGAAGUGCCAAGUGCUGGCUUCUAGUCCUAGCCUUGUCUAACAGAACCUCCAUCUCCUCAUGUAAAAUGGGGUGACCACCCCUCCCCCCAGGGUUGUCGUGAAGAUGAAACACCUCAGGCCAAGCGCCCUGUACACGAUACUGCCACACUGACAGCCACUUGGGGGCCAUUCAGCAUGAGCCAACCCAAGACGCCCACCAUGGUUUCAAUGAGGGAAGACCCAGAGCAUUUUCAAAAGGAUCAACUGUUCCUCUACACCUAAUAAGAGAACUCAAAAAACUAGAAGGAAAAAAAAAACAAAAAACAAAAAAACCGUUU